AUAUGCCUUUAAUUUGUCCUUGCAGAUGGUGACCCUCUUUCAGAUGUGGGUUGUUCCUCUUUAUUUCACAAUGAAGCUGCACUGGUGGCGGUUCCUGGUGAUCUGGGUCCUCUUCUCCACCGUCACAGCCUUCGUCACAUUCAGAGCCACCCGUAAACCUCUCGUGCAAACAACUCCCAGGCUGGUGUAUAAAUGGUUUCUGCUAAUAUACAAGAUGAGCUACGCGACAGGAAUUGUUGGGUACAUGGCUGUAAUGUUCACACUCUUUGGUCUUAACUUAUUAUUCAGAAUCAAACCAGAAGAUGCAAUGGAUUUUGGCAUUUCUCUCCUGUUCUAUGGGCUUUAUUAUGGGGUACUGGAGCGGGACUUUGCUGAAAUGUGUGCAGACUACAUGGCAUCGACCAUAGGGUUUUACAGCGCGUCAGGAAUGCCGACGAAGCAUCUUUCGGACAGCGUCUGUGCUGUGUGCGGACAGCAGAUCUUCGUGGAUGUCAAUGAAGAAGGGAUCAUAGAGAACACGUAUAGACUCUCCUGCAAUCAUGUAUUUCACGAGUUCUGUAUCCGAGGCUGGUGCAUCGUGGGGAAGAAGCAGACGUGUCCAUACUGCAAAGAGAAGGUGGACCUCAAGAGGAUGUUCAGCAACCCCUGGGAACGGCCACACGUCAUGUACGGACAGCUGCUUGACUGGCUGCGCUACCUCGUGGCCUGGCAGCCUGUUAUAAUCGGACUGGUACAAGGCAUUAAUUACAUCCUGGGUCUGGAAUAAUCUGUGUGGCCGGGGAGCCGCAGAGCUGCUUCAAGGAGGACCCGCGUCAAGGGCAGAGGACAACAGCUGGCCGGGAAGACUUAAAAGUUUUUAUCACUCACCUCUCAGGAUCUCGGCCAUCCAUGCAACACUUCUCCAGGGGCUGCCCAAAGACUGGGCCGGGCAGCUCCCAGCACGGCGAAUUUCUGCCGGGGCUGGAGCGGGCAAUUAUUUUUUAAAGCGAUUAUUUUAAUGCGCAUAUUUAAAACUUUAUAUUGCAGAUUCAAGAGGGUUUUCUUUUUCCCUCCCCGCCCUUUAUUGUCUUAUUCCUCUAGAAUGAAGAAAGGCACAGCGUGUUAGGAAGCUAGCAGGGUCUGCUCACAGAAACUUGGCACAGCUUGCUAGGUCUUCUUGCAUAGUCAGGCUCAUCCCCAUCCUUUGUUGUCUGCUUAAUUUUGUUCUUCCUCCCUCUUGCCAGCAGCUCCGCUAUCAGCAGGCAGACGGCUCCUACAGCCUCGUUCGCUGCAAGACUCAACUAGAUUCCCACCUGAUCAGCAGUAGGGUGAAUGCCACUACCAGGAGCAACCAGGCCUGCAGUGAACUAGGCCUGGAGUUGCACAUCUGCACUUGGGAGACCUGGGGCUUGCAUUGCAGGCACUGCACCUAUGUGCAUAACACCCCAGGAGUCCAGCACUGCUGCGAGGGGCAGAUGCUGACGGGGAACCCGCAGAUGGAGGCUCAUUGCGGAAGUGUAGUAGCACAGUGUGGCAGACUACAUCAGCGGGAGGGCAGCAUCAAAGUCCUGCAUCGUGCUUUCAUUGGAAAGGAGGGAGACCACAGCCAAGGGGCCUCAGUUGCCUUCAGUGAAAACCAUUAAGGAAUAGAUUAACUCCUAACAGUUCCCCUCUCAGUGAGCCAUACAAAGGAAAUAAAUCCAGUGACCCAACUGAGACCAGGAACUCAGUCUGGCUCAGAAGAAAGCAACAAUUUUUUUUCUGGCUUCAUAGUUUUGUGCCGUGCUUUAUUUUCUCCAUGCUGGUGAGACCACAGUGUAGGCCCCAUUUUCCCCCUCGUGCGCCCACAUGUCUCUUUCUCUCCGCAGCAGUGAGCUGCAACUUGGCAUUUCCCAACAGCAGAGGAAGCGGCAGGCAUCAGGUUGCUCCCCACUUUGUCUUUUUGAGGGCUCUCGGGGUAAAAAAGCCACUUCUGCCUGGUGCAUGGAGGUCUAAGCCACCUACCAAAGCAAGCUCCAGGGACUUGUGCAUCUUUGUGGGAGCAGGCAGGACCUGGCCCAUUUGUGUAUCGUGGGAUGUGCGAGGUUGGAAAAGGGAGCAAUGUGCUUUGUACACUUAAGUCUGGCUUAUGGGUCACACAUCAUAGGCUUCCUCUGUGAGUUAUCCCACAUUAGUCCAUAGGUCUCUGUGGAGGAAAGUCACCAAUCAUCCCGAGCGAGGGUCUGACCGACGCAGUUCAAAGGGACGCUUCCCAUUAUGUUGGUAACAGCCAUCAAAGCAACAGUGUCUUGGUCACUGGAGAUCAAUCUUUGUGCACAGCUGCCGUGGGGAAAGCUCGACUGUAGUUUGCCCUAGGGUGGCCUACAGGGAAGGAGAGAGUCCAAGCAGACCAAAGAGGGAUCUUCCCAGCAAGCGGAGCUGUUGUGGCUGGCUUUCUUGCCUCUGAUGUCAACGGGCUUUAAAGGACUCCAUCGGCCACCAAAUUUGAUGUCACCUGAACACUAAGCUAAACUGUGCCUCCCUCUCUGUGGUCAUCUCCAGCUUCCACAGAGUAUGUAUUAAGGGAUGUGGUCAUGGCCUUUCCACCUGUGUGUGAGCACUAGGAUCAAAGUGGAUCCCCAGAAUUUGUGUGCUGGUUGAUGCAGGAAACUUUCCUAUGUAGGAGCCCACUUAGUUAAAUGGGGUCAGAGCUGUGGGAAGAUCCCUGGAGCAGAAGCUUCAUUACUUGGAUAGGCAAAGAUGGCACCCAUUGGAGCAGGGAGCUAGGCAGCCAGUCGUGUCCCCGCAGCCCAUCACUGAAGAUGGCGGCACGUUGCAGUAGUCCUGUACAGUCCAGUGAAAGGAUCAGUACCCACAAGCUUGUCUUUCAGGAUACAUGGGGAGCUUUUCCUUUCCGCCAUGAAUAGCGCUCAGUAUUCUAGGUCUAGAUUUGUUUCCAGACAGUAUGUUGAUUUAUCAACGUGUCUUUGCUACGUGGGACCUACACAAUGAUGGUCAGUCCCACAGGGCUGCAUGUGGCAGUCCAUGCUGAAGUCUCUGGCCCAGUGAUAGCAGCAAGAAAGGGUUGCAAGAAUUGGGAGAGAAGGUUGCACUGGAACCAGUGGCGCUUCUUCCUGUCCACUGUAGUGUUGGCUCUACGUUGCUAUGGGGACUGCACGCUGUCAGCGUGGCAGCACAUUUCACUUACUGAGCGUGCACAACACAUCUCGAUGGGACGAGCGCUUCCAGCAAGGUCUGUUCCAAGAAGUUCAGUUGUGGUUAAAAAGAAAGCAGUCCUUCCUCAUCUCCAUCCGUUUAAAGGUCUUCCUGCUGCCUGUGUGGGUGAUGGCCAGUCGUUUUUAGAGGUUUGCUUUCUAAGAAAUGACAGUUGUGGAAGUGUAAAAUCAUGUCUCAAUUUGUCCCUAAAUUGUGGGUCUUCCCCUUAGCACAAUGAAGCAGCAAAAAUGCAUGGUGGGCUGACUGGGUCUUUUCAAAUCUGUGGCUUUAAGAGACUGGAAAGAAGGGAAUUCAGGGACGCACCAAAGCAGAUUUCCCUCUGAACAAAAGCCAUGUUUCCCCCCUAGCCUCUUAGCGAGCACUUUGAAGUAACAGUGACUGUAUCUCGUUUGCUCUGGAGAGCAAGACAGACUUGACUGUAAUAACAAUCUCCGUUGAAUCAAAGGUGUUUUUUUUUUAAUUAUUAUUAUUAAAAGUGAAAUCACAACGCUGGAAACUUCUGUGCCAAACCGAAAUAGAGUCCUUGAAUGCGA